GGCCGGGCCGUCGGCGCCUCGCUGCGCAACUUCGGCUUCGUCACGGUCACCGGCCAGCAGCGCGGCACCUGCUGGCGCCGGGCGCGGCGCAGCCGCGAGGUCUGGGCCGAGGUGGCGCCGCAGGCCGGCAUCCCGGUCGAGCACGAGGGGCUGGUCUUCGCGGCGCGCAGUCCCGAGGCCCUGGCCGGUCUGGAAGCCUUUCUGGACAGCGAUGCGGAGAUGGCGGCCGGCUGCGCCCUGCUGGAGGCGGCCGAGGCGGUGCGGCGCUACCCGCAGCUCCGCCGGGCCGGGCUGCAUGGCGCGCUCUGGUCGCCGCACGAGCUGCGCGUCGACCCGCGCCUGGCCGUCGACCGGCUGGCCGCCUGGCUGAGCGAGACCCACGCGGUCGAGAUCCGCUACGGCGUCACGGUGACCGGCGUCGACAACGGCUGGUUGCAGAGCGAUGCCGGGCCGAUCCACGCCGGCGCGGUGGUGGUCUGUCCCGGCGCCGACCUGCAGGGACUCUACCGCCAGCGCCUGGCCGGCUUCGGCCUGACCAAGUGCAAGCUGCACAUGCUGCGCCUGGCGCCCCAGCCGUCCGGCUGGCGCCUGCCCGGCGGGGUGAUGACCGACCCCUCGAUCCCGCGCUACCUGGGCUAUGCGGAGCUGCCGGCGGCGCGGGCGGUGCGGGCCAGGCUGGAGCGCGAGCGGCCGGAGCUGCUGGAGAUGGGCAUCCACCUGAUCGUCACCCAGGACGCCGACGGCAGCCUGGUGGUGGGCGACUCCCACCACUACGGCGACCCGCCCAUGAUCUUUCAGGACGAGCGGGUCGACCGGGCGAUCCUCGAUCUGGCGGUCGAGACGCUGGAGCUGCCCGAGCGCCGGGUUGUCGCGCGCUGGACCGGCGUCUAUCCCUCGCACCCCUCCAAGCUGGCGCUGAUCGACGCGCCGGAGCCGCGCGUGCGGCUGGUGCUGGUGACCAGCGGCACCGGCAUGUCGACGGCCUUCGCGCUGGGCGAAGAGGUGGUGGAUGAUCUGGCGGGCGACGGCCUGAACGCGGGAGCGGUGAUCUUCGACUGGGCCGGAACGGUGGUCGACCACGGCAGCCGCGCGCCCAUGGGCGCCUUCGUCGCGGCCUUCGGGCGCUUCGGCGUGGACCUCUCCAUCGCGCAGGCGCGCCGGCCCAUGGGGCUGCCCAAGCGCGACCACAUCAAGGCGCUGCUGGAGAUGCCGGAGGUCGCCGCCGGCUGGCAGGCCGCCCAGGGCGGUUCCCCGGACGAGGCGGCGAUCGACCGGCUCUACGAGGUCUUCGUGCCGAUGAACGCCGAGGUGGUCGCCCGCCAUGCGGAGCUGAUCCCCGGCGCGGCGGAGACCGUGGCGGCGCUGCGCGCGGCCGGCCUGAAGAUCGGCUCGACCACCGGCUACGUGCGCGAGAUCAUGGCGCGGCUGACCGGCCCGGCCGCCGCCCAGGGCUUCGCCCCCGACAACCUGGUCUGCGCCGGCGACCUGCCCGAGGGCCGGCCCAGCCCCUUCAACAUCUACCGCACGCUGCUCGACCUGCAGGUCUGGCCGGCGGCGGCCUGCGUGAAGAUCGACGACACCGAACCCGGCAUCGCCGAGGGCGUCAACGCCGGCUGCUGGACCGUCGGCGUGGCGCUGACCGGCAACACCGUCGGCCUGACGGCCGAGGAGCUGGCGGCCCUGCCCGCGGCGGAGGUGGCGGGCCUGCGCGCGCGGGCCACGGCGCGGCUGAAGGCGGCCGGCGCCCAUCUGGUGGUCGACGGGGUGGCCGACCUGCAGCCGGCCCUGGCCGACCUGGAAGGCCGGCUGGCACGCGGCCAACGCCCCUGA